CCGCACCUGCGCGCGAGCCGCGUUCGCCGAGGCGCCCGGAGAGUGGGGCGGUACUUCAGCUUUCUUCUCGUCAGCUGGAUGCGGCUGAGGCCGGGCUGAGAGCCCAGCGCGGUCCUCACGGAGGCCCAGGGUCCGGAGCCCGGCGGCGGCGGCGGCGCGACCAUGUUUGACAAGACGCGGCUCCCUUAUGUGGCUCUGGACGUGAUCUGCGUGAUCCUGGCUGGCUUACCCCUUGCUGUUCUAAACUUGGCAAAAAUAAAGCCGUAUCAGAGGGGCUUUUUCUGUAAUGAUGACAGCAUCAAGUAUCCGUUCCAUGACAGUACCAUCACAUCCACUGUCCUCUACACAGUGGGCUUCACUGUACCUGUUUGCUCUAUGAUCCUAGGAGAGACCCUUUCAGUGUAUUACAACCGUUUGCACUCCAAUUCGUUUGUGCGAAACAACUAUAUUGCUGUUAUUUACAAAGCCAUUGGGACAUUCAUUUUUGGCGCAGCUAUUAGCCAGUCUCUGACAGACAUUGCCAAAUAUUCUAUAGGUAGACUGAGACCUCACUUUCUGGACAUAUGUAAACCAGAUUGGCCACGGAUCAACUGCAGUGCAGGUUACAUUGAGAACUUCCGAUGCCUUGGAGACAAAGCAAAGGUUAAUGAGGGGAGGCUGUCGUUUUAUUCUGGUCACUCUUCGUUCUCCAUGUAUUGCAUGCUGUUUCUAGCACUUUAUCUGCAAGCCAGAAUGAAAGGUGACUGGGCAAGACUUCUGCGUCCUACAGCACAGUUUGGGCUCGUUGCAUCAUCCAUCUAUGUGGGUCUGUCCCGUGUUUCUGAUUAUAAACAUCACUGGAGUGAUGUACUGACUGGACUUAUCCAAGGAGCACUGGUAGCUGUACUUAUAGCUGUCUAUGUAUCUGAUUUCUUCAAAGAGAGGGGUCGUGCAUUCAAACAGAAGGAAGAAGAGGAUUCACAUACAACUUUACAUGAGACACCGACCAAUGGGAAUCACUAUGGUAGUAAUCACCAGCCAUGACAGAUUCAAGAGCUAUUUAGCCUGUGGAAUCUCCCAAUCGCAAAAAAGGAAAAUUUCAGAAGUCUUUUUUGUCCUAUGUAAAAAAUAAAUGUCUUUUGAAGGGACUGCUGCUGCUAUACCUCUUGGAUACUCACUUUACAUGUAUAUAGUAACAAUUAUGUAUCUAAAAACUUCAAAUUUCUAUUGGUUAAGCUUUUGCUUUAAAAACACAGUACAGUACUCUAACUUUUUUUUAAUUAAAAUAAUGUGGUAAUGCUUAUGUACAAACAGCAACAGUGUAUGUAAAAUGCAUUGCUAGCAUGAUGCUUACAGUAAAUACAUACAAGUUAUGAACACUAAGCAUUUGUCUUGCUUGGGAAGAUAAAGGGCUGGCAGCCUUGACUGUUAACUUUAUAUUUCUUCAUGGAUGGAGCAUCACAGCUGCAGAAUAGAUGCUCUUUUUCCAGAGUAGUUUAGGAAAACAUUUCUUAUAGGUAAAGACUUGCAGCAAAUACUAUGUCUCUCUUGAUUUUAGUAAUGCCUGUUGAGGGUAAAAAAAAGUCUAGUCAUAUAAGCAGCCUUGUACUAAAUGAUACAGGUUUUUUUUUUACAACUGCACAUGCUUAAAGGUCAGUAUGAAAUCUUCAAUAUGUGGUGUGUUCCCCAGCUCACAAGCUUGGUAGAACUAUUUUGAUGGGACUGUGGUGACAUUAAGGAUCUUCCAGUUAUCUCCUGUGUAAAAGAACUAGAUAGCAACAGAUCCAUGGGAUAUACAUUCAGCUCAAGUGUGACAUUUUGAUUUGUCACCAAGUAUUUAAACAAUUGUAAACAGUCUCCAUUGUAAGAUGCAUGUAUUUAUAAAAUACUGUACUACAAACCUUCUGCAAAUUUAUUCUCCAGUUCUGUGUUUCCAAUGGCCUUUGCUGCCUGGCACAUUUGCCGAAGCAAUUCUUCUAGCCUCCUCAUACAUCGAAUUAUGCUUCCUGCAAGGGCAAAGCAAGGCUUUGCAUGAAUCACAAGAUUAUAUACAUUCUUUGAUUAUAGUAUCAAAAUUACUGUUCUGUAUUAAUAUAUGUUAUGAAGAUAACUUGUUACAGCCUUCCUUUCAACUGGCUUACUCUUCCCCCUCAAGUGCACUGUCAUUUACUGGCCUUGAAUGAACAGGCAUGCAGCUUCUUCCACCUUAGCCUUAAGCAUGAGAAAACAGUCAGAGGCUGACAUGUUGGAAGGCUGAAAAAGGUGCUAUAUAAGUGUUGUAUAUUUCUUGGUUUAAUUUCUGAAAUGCAUGUCUUCAGAAAGGGUGUUUCUGGCUAAUUAUCACCUGAAAGUCACCCUGAGGCAUUGGCUUAAUUUUUGUCUUUCUUGCUCAGACAUCUGUGUUUUCUUUUUGGUCCUUUUACUCUGGGUGAUGAGAAAAGGAGGCAGGAACCCUAAUUGUUAAAAAAUAUAUGUUAAAUCAUGUAGCUUUAGUCUAGUGAGACAAGAAAAAACACAUUCUUCUCUGUUUGCUUCUUAUAUUUUUGGUAUGCACAUAGACAAGUUAUUUUUUUCAAAAAUUUUGGAGGUACAGGCUAGAGUUAACAGGCAAUAUAACUGGAGAGCUGUACAUCAAUAUUUACGUCUGCCCCUUCUCACUUCACAAUAGUAACAGCCAGUCUCAGUCAAAAAUAAAAUUUGAUUCCAGAUUUAGUAACUCUUGUAAAACAGCACCUAGAGCCAAACAAGUCUGAGCCAAAAGAAGCUGGGAUAUAUCCUCCAAGGGCAGACCAUGCUCUAUGAUCUGGAGGAUAGGAACCACAUACGAGGCAUGUUACAAAAAUAAAGAACAUGUAACCACCUACAGAAGUUUAGCAAAUAUGAACUUCAUUCACCAACAUGUUAAAUGAGCCUCUGCAAGACCCACUGAAUUACCUAAAGCAGUCUUCCUCAAACUGAUGAUCUCUGUGUUUGGACCACAACUCCUAUAUUAUCUUACCACCGGCCAUACUGCCUGGAGAUUAUGAGAAUUAUAGUACAAAAUAUCUCAAAAACAGUAGGCUUGGGAAGGCUGAUCUAACACUUUCACGUUCUAGUCUUCCCCCAAAAUAUUACAUAGCUGUAUCCAUGGACUCUGAAAUGUCGUUUCAAAGUACUUGGUCAUAACAAAAGUGCCUUUCUGCCAGUAUUGCUACUCCUCACUUUUGGAAGCAACAUUUUUGUUAAAAGGGAUACUUGUCUGGAAAAUACGAAUGUACCAUUUACACACAGUUAGCAAAAAAUAAGCAUGAUAGUGGUUUGGGGUUACAAUACUUUGGUCAGUGCCUUGUCUGUUACAUAAUUUCUACCCUAGCAGUGGAAAUUGCUAUUGUGGGCAACUUUCAGAAGUUCAUUAUCCCACCCUCCCUGAUCUUCAACAUCAGGAAACUUGGCUCAUGAUACAUCUUUGGUCUUUUAACCAGCAGCAAAGAGUUCACUAACUGGGCAAGAUCUUCUCCUACCUACUUGCAUGCGAUUUUUGUGUGUGUUAUUUUGAUACAGCAUUUGCAAAUACAACUAUCCACAAAAUUGAUUGUCUGCUUCACUACAGCAAAUAAACUGUAUCUGACAAAA